UCAGUGAACCGCAAUAUUGAAAUGAGUACUCCUUUGCCCCCCGGAUGGAAUUCAUACGUUGACUACAAUGGCCGAGUUUAUUAUCAUGAUACAAAUACUGGAAUAAGCCAAUGGGAACAUCCUCAACCCAAACCAGCUGUAAUGUUUAUGCCUCAACCAACAGUACAACAGCCAACAGUACAACAGCCAGCAAUUCAACAGCAACAGAAUCAUAUGGAGCAAUUGAGACAGUUGCAAGAACAACGGGAACAGAAUCAAAUGGAGCAAUUGAGAUGGUUUCAAGAACAACAGCAACAGAAUCAAAUGGAGCAAUUGAGACAGUUGCAAGCACAACAGCAACAGAAUCAGAAUCAAGUGGAGCAAUCAUUGAGACAGCUGCAAGAACAACAGCAGCUAUAUGUCCAAAAACAGCAACAUGAUAUGAUAAUGCAAUGUAUGGAAUUUCAACAAAAAAUGAUUAGGGAUUUUAAAUUCGUUUAAAUUACAUAAUAUUAUGCCUAUGCCAUAGUAACUAUGUAUGUUUAUAUUUAUCUAUUAUAUUAUAUUUAUUUUCUUAUAAUAUACAUACAGUAUUUUUAUAUUUAUUCAUCUUAUAUAUGGGUGUCAAUUUCAACCUU